GUGUGUGAGUGUGCGCGGGGGCGCGCGCGCGAGCCCGGGAGGAGGCUCCCGAGCUAGUGGGUCCUCGCGGCACAGCCCGCUCCCCGCGCCCCUAUGUGAGGGAAACGGGGAGCCAGCGGUGCGCAGGGGAGGGCGAGGCAUGUGCACGGGCCGGGGGGUGCUGCAGCCGCCCGAGGAAGAGGAGGACGGCGGCGGCGAAGAGGAGAGCGGGGGGCUCGCGGUGGCGGGCCCGGGCGGAGGGGAUGCAGCGGACUGUGUGUGUCUGGCUGUAGCUGACGCGAGGCGGCGAGGAGGCGUCGGAGACCCGCGUAAGGGGCGGCCAGGAGGCGGCGGCGGCCGCGAGAAGUAGCAGUGGGACCGGCGGCGGAGACGGCAGCCCUGAAAUGCAUUUUCCUCUCCAGCGGCCAUGUUAACCAGGAAACCUUCGGCCGCCGCUCCCGCCGCCUACCCGACCGGCCGAGGAGGGGACAGCGCUGUUCGCCAGCUUCAGGCUUCCCCGGGGCUCGGUGCGGGGGCCCCUCGGAGCGGAGUGGGGACCGGCCCGCCCUCCCCCAUCGCCCUGCCUCCUCUCCGGGCCAGCAACGCUGCCGCCGCAGCCCACACGAUUGGUGGCAGUAAGCACACAAUGAAUGAUCACCUGCAUGUUAGCAGCCACAGCCACGGACAGAUUCAGGUUCAGCAGCUGUUUGAGGAUAACAGUAACAAGCGGACAGUGCUCACAACACAACCAAAUGGGCUUACAACAAUGGGCAAAACCGGCUUGCCAGUGGUGCCUGAGCGGCAGCUGGAGAGCAUUCACAGACGGCAGGGGAGCUCCACCUCUCUGAAGUCUAUGGAAGGCAUGGGGAAAGUAAAAGCCACGCCCAUGACUCCUGAACAAGCAAUGAAGCAAUACAUGCAAAAAUUAACAGCCUUUGAACACCAUGAGAUUUUUAGCUACCCUGAAAUAUACUUCUUGGGUCCAAAUGCAAAGAAGCGCCAGGGUAUGACAGGUGGACCCAACAAUGGUGGCUAUGAUGAUGACCAGGGAUCAUAUGUGCAGGUGCCCCACGAUCAUGUGGCUUACAGGUACGAGGUCCUCAAGGUCAUUGGAAAGGGGAGCUUUGGUCAAGUGGUCAAGGCCUAUGAUCACAAAGUCCACCAGCAUGUGGCCCUGAAGAUGGUGCGGAAUGAGAAGCGCUUUCACCGACAGGCCGCAGAGGAGAUCCGAAUCCUGGAACACCUGCGGAAACAGGACAAGGAUAAUACCAUGAACGUCAUACACAUGUUGGAGAAUUUUACCUUCCGCAACCACAUCUGCAUGACAUUUGAACUGCUGAGUAUGAACCUCUAUGAGCUCAUCAAGAAGAAUAAAUUCCAGGGCUUUAGCCUGCCUUUGGUCCGCAAAUUUGCCCACUCGAUUCUGCAGUGCUUGGAUGCUUUGCACAAAAACAGAAUAAUUCACUGUGACCUUAAGCCCGAGAAUAUUUUGUUAAAGCAGCAGGGUAGAAGCAGUAUUAAAGUGAUUGAUUUCGGCUCCAGUUGUUAUGAGCAUCAGCGUGUCUACACAUAUAUCCAGUCACGUUUUUACCGGGCUCCAGAAGUGAUACUUGGGGCCAGGUACGGCAUGCCCAUUGAUAUGUGGAGCCUGGGCUGCAUUUUAGCAGAGCUCCUGACAGGUUACCCCCUCCUGCCUGGGGAGGAUGAAGGGGACCAGCUGGCCUGUAUGAUUGAACUGUUGGGCAUGCCUUCCCAGAAACUGUUGGAUGCAUCCAAACGAGCCAAAAAUUUUGUGAGCUCCAAGGGUUAUCCCCGUUACUGCACUGUCACGACUCUUUCAGAUGGUUCUGUGGUCCUCAAUGGAGGCCGUUCCCGGAGAGGGAAACUGAGGGGCCCACCGGAGAGCCGAGAGUGGGGAAAUGCACUGAAGGGAUGUGAUGAUCCCCUUUUCCUUGACUUCUUAAAACAGUGUUUAGAAUGGGAUCCUGCAGUUCGCAUGACCCCAGGCCAGGCUUUACGGCACCCCUGGCUAAGGAGGCGGUUGCCAAAGCCUCCCACUGGGGAGAAGACUUCAGUGAAAAGGAUAAGCGAGAGCACUGGUGCUAUCACGUCCAUUUCCAAGUUACCUCCACCUUCCAGCUCAGCUUCUAAACUGAGGACUAAUUUGGCACAAAUGACAGAUGCCAAUGGGAAUAUUCAGCAGAGGACAGUGUUGCCAAAACUCGUUAGCUGAGCUCAAGUCCCCCGAUGCUGGUAAUCUGAAAGAUACGACAUAGCUGAGCCUUAUUGGGUUGAAAAGGAGUAGCUCAGACCUGUUUUUAUUUGCUCAAUAACUCAACUCAUUUGUAUCUUUUCAGCACUUAAUUUUAAUGUAAGAAAGUUGUUUGUUUUGUUUUUAUAAAAUACAUGGGGACAAUG